GAAACUAUCAGAUCUCUUCUUAGCACUUCUUUUGGUGGUCAAUGUGUUCGCCAGUCAUCCAACAAAGACUGAACAGAGAGGUACUCGCCCAAAGUUGGCAUUAAAUGCAUGCCAAAACGUCGUCAAUAAGAUGAAAUGGGCCUACAACUCAACAGGCGGUGGAAGGAACUAUGGCACUAUAUGUAACUAUCCACCAGCUGUUGGAACCAUCACCAAUUGUUUCGCAAACAUUUUUGGCCCCUUCACUAAGAAUUUUAACAAGACUGUAGGCCGUUUGUCUCUGACCUGUGAGACUCGUGGAAGCGAUACUGUCAUUCACGAAAAGCAGUUUUACAUUGAUCAAUUUCUGAAUGCCACCGGACAUUUUGGGUCAACGGAGGGCUUGAAUCUCACAGUGACGAAGUUGACUUUCCCUGUUGAUAUUCCCCAUAACGUUACCAAGCCAUAUUACGACUAUACAAAGUUUACUCUCUACAAUUGGGAUAUGCCAAAUGUAUUUGCCGGUAUCUAUUACUGCUACUUCAUUUUUGUAUUCCUCAUUGUGGGUAUUGUGAACUAUAUGAAACGACUAGGUUACCAGGGGUCGCUAAACAAUAAGUGGAUUACGCUAUACAGAAAACACAUCAGCAUUCCUGCGUUGUUCAAUCAGAACCAUACAAACGCCCCUGUGUACUUCAAGUUUGUAUCAACGCUGGUUCCAACAAGAGUUGAGACGUUAAUCAUAUUCUUCUUUGUAUGUCUCAACAUUCUCCUGGCAACUGUUCAUUACAAUGUGAGUACACUUUACAACUCUCGCCGUUUACAAUUAACAAUGUUGGUUGCUGAUCGAACAGCACUGCUUGCCUUUGGUAUGAUUCCACUGCUGGUUCUAUUUGCUGGCAGAAACAAUCUAAUGAUUAGAUUGACUGGUAUUCCUUACACCUCAUUCAUAAUGUUCCACAAAUGGGUCUCAAGAAUGAUGUUCCUCUACGCUUUGAUACAUUCAGCCUGCUGGACUGACUACGCAGUUUCACGGCAUUAUAUGAGUGCUUACGUUGCCCGCAGAUACUGGAGAUGGGGUAUCGUUGCGACAACUCUUGCCGGCUUGUUGUGCUUCCAAGCAUUUCAUAUGUUCAGAACUAUGAGUUAUGAAAGCUUUCUCUUCAUCCACAUUGUCUUUGCGUCCCUUUUCCUGGUUGGCUGUUGGUGGCACUGUUACGAUUUUGGAUACUUGGAAUGGAUUUAUGCAUCAAUAGCUCUUUGGUGUACUGACAGAUUGGUAAGAAUCUUCAAAAUGAUCACCUUUGGUUAUAGAAAUGCAGAUGUUGAAUACAUAAGUGAUGGCACCUUCAAAGUUUCUGUUCAAAAAGGUGCAUUUUUCCACUCUUAUCCGGGUGCAUAUGCCUUCCUUUAUUUCUUGACACCAUAUGGGUUUUGGCAAUCACAUCCUUUCACGAUUAUUGAGUCUGCUCUGAAAGAAGGAGAAAUCACAGUUUACAUCAAAGCAAAGAAAGGCAUGACCAAGUAUAUCAAGAACAAGUGCAUCAAGGCUGGAGGGAAGGCUUCCAUUCGAGUCUCAGUGGAAGGGCCAUAUGGACAUCAUGCACCAAGUCACAAGUACGACACGGCACUUUUGUUGGCUGGUGGUAGUGGAAUCCCAGGUCCCUAUCACCAUGCAGUUGAUUUGGCAAAGAGGGAUUCUAAUCAACAGAUCAAAUUGUCAUGGACCAUUCGUAACCCAGAAUCUUUGUGCUGGUUCUACAAAGAGCUGAUGAUGUUACGUGGUACAAAAGUCCAAUGCGAUAUCUAUAUAACUGGUACUGUUACAGAGUUCGUUAAAGAGACUGGUCAGGAUAAAGAAAAGGCUUCGAGCUCUGCGAGUGAUAGCGACACCAGCUUGAGUCCGCAGGGUUGUAUUGAAGAGCUUUCCAAAUUCAUCACUUUUCAUUAUGAAAGACCAAGCCUUGAGGACUUCUUGGUGACGGAAUUCACUGCUGAAAACCAAGGAACAAUCUGCGUUAUGACCUGUGGUCCGCCAAGAAUGGUUGACGAUAUUCGUAAAUUUGUUGGUCAAAACUUGGACAAGUGUCCCAAGAGAGUUGAUCUCUUUGAGGAACUGCAGGUUUGGUAAAUUAUUAAUUCAUCUUAUACAGUUAUACAGUUAUACUAUGGUUUGCUAC